CGAACAGCUUAGAGCUGCAACAACAGAACAUUCGGAUGUAAAGCAAGGAAGGAACAUCUGAGCAACACGUCUGAAAACAGAGUGGAAAUUAGGAUUCAUUCCCACAAAAAAACAGGUGCCUGUCAGUUACAGAAAAAUGGCUUCUCUCUCCGAGGAUGAGCUCUCCUGUCCCAUGUGCUGGGAAAUCUUCAGUGAUCCUGUUCUUCUGAGCUGCAGUCACAGAGCGUGUAAAUUGUGUCUGCAGCAGUUCUGGGUCAUCAAAGGAUCCAGAGAGUGUCCGGUUUGUAGGAGAAAAUCUUCACUGAACAUUCCAUUAAACUUCUCUUUAAGGAACCUAACAGGAAAGGCUGAGACGCUCUGCAGUCAGCACAGUCAGGAACUCAGACUCUUCUGUCUGGACGAUCAACAGCCUGUGUGUGUGGAUUGUUGUGGUUCUGAAGAGCACACCAACCACAAGUUCUGUGCUUUUCAGGAGGUAGCGCAGGAAUACAAGACUAAACUUGAGUUCCUAAAGGAGAAACAGGAGAUCUUUAAACAAUGCAAACUGAACUGGGAUCAGGCUGCUAAACAUAUUAAGACUCAGUCCCAGGACACAGAGAGGCAGAUUAAGGAGGAGUUUGAGAAGCUCCACCAGUUUCUACGAGAUGAAGAGGCAGCCAGGAUAGCAGCUCUGAGGGAGGAAGAGCAGCAGAAGAGUCAGAUGAUGAAGGAGAAGAUUGAGAAGAUGAGCAGAGAGAUAGAAGCACUUUCAGACACAAUCAGAGCCGUAGAACAACAGAUGGGAGCUGAAGACGUCUCAUUCGUACAAAACUACAAGGUCACACUGGAAAGAGCCCAGCACAAACUGCAGGAUCCAGAGAAGCUUUCAGUAGAGCUGCUUCAUGUGGCAAAACACCUGGCCAACCUGAAGUUCACAGUCUGGCAGAAGAUGAAGGAGAUUGUUCAGUGUUCUCCUGUAACUCUGGACCCCAACACUGCUCAUCCUAAACUCAUCCUGUCUGAUGAACUGACCACUGUGAGACUUGGGGAUGAGAGACAGCAGCUUCCUGAUAAUCCAGAGAGAUUUGAUUAUCAGCAUUUUGUCCUGGGAUCGGUGGGCUUUAACUCAGGGCUGCACUGCUGGGAUGUUGAAGUUGGAGACAGUAAAUUCUGGGGUCUGGGUGUGAUUGAAGAGUUUGCUAGUAGGAAAGGAAACGUAGACUCCAGGGUUGGAAUGUGGGGGAUGCUGUUGUAUAACGGUGUAUAUGCAGCAGGUACUUUAACAGGAAAACGCACUCCCCUCCCAAUACAACACAAACUCCGGAGGAUCACAGUACAGCUGGACUGGAACCAAGGAAAACUGUCAUUCACUGAUUCUCUCACUAACAAACACUUACACACUAUAAAACACAGAUUCACUGAGAAAGUCUUUCCAUUUUUCUAUGAUGAUGAUAUUCACUGUCCUCUGAAGAUUUUACCUGUUCAGUCCUGUGUAUUGCCGGAACAGCACAGGUAAAGCUGAAGAUUUAUAUUUAUUACUAGGAAUGCAACAGUCAUCAAUUCAUAUGUCCAAUUCUACUUUCUUUAUAGCCAAUUUGCUGACCUUUUUUUUUUUAAAAAGUGUAAAAUGUACACAUUGAGUGGGCAAAAUGAACACAUGAAACUCUACCACUGUCUAUCAGCCAAAGUCACAAUAUGAACCACAUUACUCAGUCUUUAAUUGGCUGAAUUGGCAUUUUAAAUUCUGAAAUGAAAAAACGCGAGUUAAAAAUCACGUUUCGGACUUUUAACUUGGACUUCAGAUUAAAACCUAAACAUCAUAUUUUGUCACUACCAAAACAAUGAUAACACCACUGAAAUUUGACCAAAUGUUUCGGUGACCAUUUUAGCUCAUUUUGAGCUCAGAAACUCAUACAUGACCAGCAAACACAGCUCUGAACAGCU